CGCUUAGAACCCUAACUACCCAUCAAACAACAAAAAUCCCAAAUCAGCCGAUCUCUUUUCUACUAAUUAAGUCUUUCUCCCACUAUGGCUGCUAAUCCUAAGGUCUUCUUCGACAUGACGGUCGGUGGCCAACCGGCUGGUCGGAUUGUGAUGGAGCUCUUCGCUGAUUGCACUCCCCGCACCGCCGACAACUUCCGUGCUCUCUGCACCGGUGAGAAAGGUCUCGGCCGUAGUGGCAAACCCCUCCACUACAAAGGCUCAAACUUCCACCGUGUGAUCCCCAAUUUCAUGUGCCAAGGAGGCGACUUCACUGCCGGUAAUGGCACCGGAGGUGAAUCCAUCUACGGAGCCAAGUUCGCCGACGAGAACUUCGUCAAAAAGCACACCGGACCCGGCGUCCUCUCCAUGGCAAAUGCUGGACCCGGAACUAACGGAUCUCAGUUCUUCAUUUGCACCACCAAGACUGAGUGGCUCGAUGGAAAGCACGUCGUUUUUGGACAAGUUGUUGAUGGCAUGGAUGUGGUUAGAGCCAUUGAAAAGGUUGGGUCUAGCGGUGGAAGAACUUCGAAGCCUGUUGUCAUUGCUGACUGUGGACAACUUUCUUAAAAAAAAAAAAAGGAAAAUUGGGUUGUUUAUGUUGACUUUGGAUGGUGUUUCGUGUGUUAAGAGUCUUCAAUUUCUGUCUUUUAGCCUCUUUCUAUGGUUCUGUUUUUAUGUUCUCUGGGUUUGGUGGCUGAGUGCUUGUUUUAUGUAGUCUUUAUGAACUACCAUAAAUAAGCUUAGGGUUUUUACCAUAAAUAAGAUUAGGGUUUUUUUCCCAUCAU